GGCGAAACUAUGUCAUAUUAAAAUUUAGUGUAAUUUUAAUUUUUGGAAAAAGAAGUGGGCCACUAGAAAUCCACAAAAUUAUGCCAACACCACAAAAUUGAUCUUGGAACCAUCCCAGCAAAUCAUCUCCAAUGUUACACAAUGUUAACUUAUAUUCGAUUAUGCAAAUAUGAAAUAUCAUUACAGGAGGAUUGAGAAAGAAAAAUAAUUCCCAAAAAUGGCUGUUUCACUUUGUAAUCAAUCCUAUAAUCACCUUCUUUUCUUCCAUAAUUCAACCAAAUUUUCUUCCUCAAAAUCAUUGUUAUUCAAUAAAUAUUCAUAUACCCACCUCGGAAACCAUCUCAAUUGCAAAACCCAUGUCUCCAAAAUGCCCCUCACAGUUGCAUUUGCUCUCACACAAUCAGACUCUUCAGAACCCCCUAAGUCCUUCAAUCCUGACCCCCAAAUUCUUCUUCAAGAAUUGGCUGAUAGUUUGAUUUUGCCAUCAGAUUACUUUGCCAAGCUUCCUAAUGAUCUUCGUCUUGAUUUAAAUGAUGCUGCUUUUGACCUUUCAAAUGGACCUGUUCUUGAUGAGUGCGGCCAAGAUCUAGGAGAGACAUUGUUGAAUUUGGCCCGUGCAUGGGAAUUAGCUGAUACAUCAACUUCUUCCUCUCUAGCGAAGAACCUUCCUUUCUUGGAGUCUUCUUUGACAGAGAGUGCUAAAGCAGCGUUUGGUAAGCGACUGCAGUCUGCUGGAAGAAGAUUUCAAUCAAUGGGACAAUAUGGUCAAGGGGAGUUAGGAAGGAUUGCUAAAUCAAUGAUUUCUGCCGGGAAGCUUUUAUCUGCAACUGCAGUGCCUACAUCAACUGAGGAGCGACCUAAAGUUGAAACCCGGACUUUCAAGUUUGGAGAACUCCAGGUCGCCGUGACACCUGAGAAGGCCAAUAUUGGUGCCGUUAUUGCUGUUGUUUUCGGGAUACUAUCAUGGCAAAUAAGCCAAGGAAUUCAAAGCAUCCCAGAGAAUUCAUUGCAAUAUGCAAAUGAAAAUGCGCUGCUGCUGGCAAAGUCUUUGAGGGCAUUUCUGCUUGUAAUCUUCUAUUCAUCGACAGUGUUGUCUGGAUUUUCUGCAAUUGGUUUGGUGUUGCUUGCAAGACAACUGAAGUCAGAGAGUGAGAAAUGAUGUUUUGUUCAUGAGUUUCGGUUAUGGGUUGCUGCGGUCGCCAUUCUGGUGGUUAGCUAUCAUUCUUCUUGCAGAAAUUGGUAACCUACCUGUACAGUAUACACGGAUGUAAAUGUAAGACCUAUUAAAAUGAUUGGUGUAGUCGGUUAUUAGUUGGUUAAGUUUGAUUAAACAAGCUAAAAAUUUAUUUUUAUUACAUCCUUUUCUCUAGAAAAGAUCUAAAUUCUUUUUCUUUUUUCUGUGAAAAUUUAAAAAUUAGUUUUCAUGAGUUAGAAAGAGCUAAAUCUUAAUGAAGAAAAUGAGGGGAUUAGGAGUUUCUAACAAUCAAUCUUAACCCCAAAAUCAAUGGCAAAUCUUAAUUGAUGGGUGUAAUCAUAUAAUCAGAGUAAUUAGAAAUAUGAUGCAAGAAAGCACAAAUUACAAAAUCAACACUGAGAUUUACUAAUACACAUACAUUGGACGAGGAGUAAACUACAAUAAAGCUAAAAUUACAAUCAACACGAAAACUCGAGUCAAGUUAUGUUUAAGACCCAAUAUUAAUCUGCCUUAAAGCCGAGUUGGGUUUUUAGGUCUGUCUAAAAAAAGCCGACUAGGCUUUUCUCUUCCAUACCCAAAAUCAUCUUUUGUGUAUGGAAUGCCCCCAAAUUUCUUCCUCUUGCUUGGUCCGUGAAUUGUUAUCUCUAGAGAUAAUAAAGUGAGAAUGAAGGA